AGAGCAUCUCACUACGGUGUUUACAUACGUAUAGCGGAGUUAGCUUUAGGGUUAGGGGUUUCCUUUGUUUCCUUUGACAACUAUGAAAGAAUAAUGAAAAAACGGUGUUAUUAAAAGUCACACCUGUGGAUCACAUGGUGACUUAACCCGGAUGUUAAAGGUGGAAGUGUGUUGUCAGGUAGAAGGACCCCACACUGCCAUGCAGGUGGAUUAAAACUGCUCAGGUUGUUGUGGAAAGGUCAGCAGCUCCAGCUGUUGUCAUGGUGAAGCGGAGGACAGACAGGAGUUUCCUUCCUGCUGCAGGGUGCAGUGUGACGAGGGUUCGAUUUCCUGUUUGUCCUGCUCAGAGGGCACUACCACCAACUCAUCAGGCUUCGGAGACAGGAAAUUCUGACGGCUGGCCACGCUGCAGCUCCACCUCCACAGAAGAAAGGACAGGAAGUGAUGGAUGGAACCAGCUGGGAGACCCGGGAUCUGAUGGAGGUUCAGGAGAGACGGAGUCAAAGAGAGGGAGACAGGACGGCAACGAGCAGGCUGCCACUCCAACCAAUAGAGACGGAGUUCCUGGGUCAUGUGAUCCAGCUGGAGAUGUUCCUGGUCCUGACCAGCAGGGGGCAGCAGAGGACAGCCGAGCAGCUGAGUUGCAGAGCACCGGCUCUCUGAAGGUCACCAUCCAGCGGAGCAGCGACAGCAGAGAGUUUGGGCAGACAGACAAGACGACUGAGAGACAGACAUGUGGACUCCACUGUUACGUCUGCAACCUCACCUGCCGCUCUGCACAGGUGUUCCAGGAGCACAUGUCAGGACAAGAGCACCUGAGGAAGCUGCAGGAGAUCACACACUGCAUUCACCUCAACACGAACACUCUGCUGGACAGGGGGCGUCGCUCUGAAACACAGCGCUGGUGUGACUCCUGUCAGAUCCACUUCAGUGGGGACGUCAUCAAGCAUCGACGCACCAGACAGCACAAGGUGUGUAAGCAGCUGUGUCGGCCCUUCUGUCCGGUGUGUAAACGACACUUCAGGACGCCCAGAAAGUUUGUGGAGCACAUGAAGUCUGCAGAGCAUAAACAGCAGGUGCAGCUGCAGGAGGCUCAAGAGGACGAGCUCAUUACGGUGGACGCUGUUGGCUGCUUCCAGGAAGAGAAGGAGGAGGAGGAAGCUGAAGUGGCAGAUGAGGAGGAUGAAGGAAGACAGGAGCCGAAGGAGGUGGAGUCAGAGACGCUCUCCACAGAAGAGGAAGAUGAAGACGAGUUCGGACGUAGCUUCGUGGUUCCUGUGUGCGGCUUCGUGUGUCGACUCUGCAACAAGUUCUUCUACAGAGAAGCUGCAGCUCGACACACACACUGCAGGACACACACACACCGCCUCCACCUGCAGAGCCACAGAGCUCGUAGGACGAGAGAAGAGGAGGAUAAAGACCAGGACAGAUCUGCCCAGACCUGAGUUGUUCACCACAUUCCCCACAAUGCACCAGUGCCUCCAGGCUAUGAUGUCACCGUGCUGCUGUAGCUCAUAGUGAACAUUGAAUGUGAGGUCACCAGUCAGGUGACUAACAGGAUGAAGAUUGAAAAAACAGCCCACAGUUUUCCUGUCUGACGUUAAAUCUGCCUCUUCAUUCAUUUAGUUUGUAAAAUCACUCUGUUUAUGCAAAGUUACAAUAAUAUUAAAUUAACAGAAAAUAUGAAUAAAGCUGAAAAUAAGUUUCAAGCUGAAGAAGUUUAAAGGCUGAAAAAUGUUUACAUCAUAUGUGUCAAACCCAAGGCCUGCGCGCCACAUCCGGCCUGUAAAUGAAUUAUCUUUGAUUAUUUCUAAUCACUAUCACAAGCUGUCCGCUGAUAGAGCACGCACCACCAUGAUACAAGUCCCACAAUGCACUGCCAGAGCAUUGGUGCUUCAAUCACUGGCCGUGAGAGGGUACCUCGCUCGCUCUCUAGAAGUCUGACGGAACUUACUCACCUUUGUCAACAACCCGUCUCCACAAACAAUGGCUAUAUGAAAAGAGGAGUUAGAAACCAGGCUGUAAAGCUGAGUGUCUGUGUGGAGACAGUCAGGCUGAAAUGAAAGAAUACAACAUAAGAAGAUACUUUGAAACGAAGCACCACCACACAUACAAGCACCUGGACAGGAAACCAGGCUCCAAACGGUAGAAGGUUAACCCUUUACACUCCAGAGAUUUUAGGGAAACUAAGUGAGAAAAAUGUUGAAUAGGAACCAGGGUUUAUGAUGAUCUAAUUUCAACCUGUAACAGAACCAGGCUCAGGACCAGGAAGGCUGUCCAACAGUUGGGGUCAUAGAGUCAACAAGCAGCAUAACUCCCAGUCAGGGAUACCUGUGGAUGAAUCUCAGACCCUCCAUGUAUACAUAGGUAUUCUGCUGCCUUCCAGGACUUUUGGAAAUGUUUUCUCUUUUCCGAGGUGCAGGAUUUCAAUGAGGUAUAUUUUCUCUCGGUCGUGGUCUGGGAGUUCCUGCAGCUUGUUCUCGAUACUUCACUUGGACAGAACUUUUGUCUGGUUGGGUGUCGAAUUUCUGUUGUGUGAUUGGCCCGAAGUUUGAAUGCAGAAAUAAGUUUGUAAAUUUAAAUCCCUCCUUGAUUCUUGAGUAUGAUUUCUUUAAAUGGCACUGAUUUUGACUCUUGCUAAGUUACAUGUGUAUGCUGGAUCUGACAAGGUAAAACUGGGAGGAUGAAGAGAAGAAAAAAGAGGAAAAGGUACAACAGAACGCUACAUGUUCAACCAUAUCAAAGGAACCAGCUGCUACACCCUUUAAAGAAACAACAGGAAAACACUGAAUUUACUGCCAGUCUUGCUGUGUUGGCGGAUCUGCAUUGUUCCAUUUUCUUAUGAUGCCCUUCUUGCAAGCUGCUAACAUAAUUUUCAGUAGACGUCUGUCCUCUUUUAAAACCACAUUACCUGAUAUGAUUCCCAGAUACAAUAAUUCACGUCUUGGGAAUCAUGUAGCCCAGGAUUUUAAUGAUUAUCUGAUGAACGGCCUCCCAAACGUUGAGGAUUUUUGGACAGAAGCAAAACACAUGGGAAUGAUCUGCAUUCAUAUUCCACGUUUUCUCCAGCAUGGCUCAUGUGUGUUUACUUCUAACUCUUGGUGUGAUAAAGAAUCUAGUAAAGUUCUUCCAACAGAACAAUCUCCAAACCCAUGAUGACGUAAAUGUUUGCUGUGUUCGCGCUCACCGUAGUAUCCCACUUGUCCUCUGAUAUGUUCCCUCCUAGUUCUCCUUCCCAUACAUUGCUGAGUUUCCUUUUCUCUCCAUUAGGUGUCUGUACUUGGUAGAUACGAAUCUGUUUCUUUAAGUUAUAGGUUUCCACUGUGGCUCUGAUAAGUCCGUUUUUCUCCAGGUUACUUCUUUGUCAUAAAAAUCUCUUAUUUGCAGACACUUGGGUCUUGUUUACUUAAACUGUAUUUUUGUUUCAUUUCCUGGAAACUGAAGAAGCUCCAUUUUUUGUUCAUGUAUAUAAUGUGGUUACGCCGUUUUGGAUCCAGUUUUCAAAUCUAUGGAAAUGAAGGUCAGUUUAUGUUUUUGAACAAUGUUUAACCACAGUUUUAAUGUGAACUUGGUGACACUACCUUCUUGGUCUAAUAUAUUUGUCGCUUCUCUCUCCAAUAAAGUUUUGAAUUUCCCUGC